CCGACUCCACGACUCCAUCUCCAUCUCCAACAUCUACCAUCGUAUAAGACCUGAUCCUUUCCGGAAUUUCUUUUGUGAUUUACUCCCUUCUUCUUCUUCUUCUUCUCUCUUCACCCCCCCCUCCCCCAUCAUGGUCCCUGCAAUCCGUGUACCCCCUUCGGCGGCCAGUAGAGCACGCAAUCUGCUGCGCACCGUACAAUACACACAUCCUCCUUCUUGUCCUUGUCAUUCGAACCCAAAUCAUCAUCAUCACCAUGCCAGAACUCCUACUUUAGCUGACCAUGUUCGUCGACAUAUGGCUACUCCCACAGACCCCUCACGGGAGAAGGAGUACGCCUUCGAAAUGGCUGCCUCUAGUAUCCGGUUCGGCCCAGGAGCCACCAAGGAAGUCGGCAUGGACUUCGCAAACAUGAAGGCUAAACGCGUCUGCAUUGUUACAGAUAAGAACGUUGCCAAAUUGGACGCGAUGAAACAAGCUGUGGAAGGUCUGUCUCGUGAGGGGAUUGAGUUCACAGUAUAUGACCAAGUUCGGGUCGAACCAAAGGAUAGCUCGGUCAAGGAAGCCAUUGCAUUUGCCAAACCCUACAAUCCAGAUGCCUUCCUGGCUGUUGGUGGUGGAUCGGUCAUCGACACCGCAAAACUCAUGAAUCUAUACACUGUCUUCCCCGAAGCCGACUUCCUUGACUUUGUCAACGCCCCCAUUGGCAAAGGUCUUCCAGUAACAAAAGCCCUCAAACCUCUCGUCGCAGUUCCCACGACCGCCGGUACCGGCUCCGAAACCACUGGAACCGCCAUCUUCGACCUCGUCUCCAAGGGGGCUAAAACGGGGAUUGCCCAUCGUAACCUUAAACCCACGCUAGGAAUUUGUGACCCUCUCAACACACGGACGAUGCCUUCUGCAGUGCAUGCCUCUUCGGGUCUCGAUGUUCUGUGCCACUCUCUUGAAUCCUGGACGGCAAUCCCUUACAACGAACGCACCCCGCGCCCCACAAACCCCAUCAACCGCCCCGCCUACCAAGGUGCAAACCCUAUCUCCGACAUCUUCUCCCUCCAGGCCCUCCGCAGCACGGUCAAGUAUCUUCCUCGCGCCGUCAAGGACCCGGAUGACUUUGAGGCCCAGUCCCAGAUGCUGCUCGCUGCUACACUAGCUGGUGUCGGAUUCGGAAACGCAGGUGUCCACCUCUGCCACGGCAUGAGCUACCCCAUCUCCAGCCAGAACCCAGGCUACAAACAUGCCGGGUAUGAUGUCGACUACCCGAUUAUUCCCCACGGGGUUACGGUUGCCGUGACUGCUCCUGCCGUCUUCCGAUUUACCGCUGCCUCGAAUCCAGACCGCCAUCUUGCGGCGGCUGAGGCCUUUGGUGUUGACAUCUCGAAUGUCAAGCGCGAAAGUGCCGGUGAAGUGCUCGGUGAGGCACUGGCCAAGUUCCUUGCGGAUUUGGGCGACCAGCCUCUUGGGUUGAAGAACCUAGGCUUCAAGCCUUCUGAUAUCGAGUCGCUCGUAGAGGGUACCCUACCACAAAGACGUGUGUUGAUGCUUGCUCCCAACCUCAGCAGUGAGUUGGAGGCUGAGAAGGAUGAGCUCAGACGUCUACUAGAACAGUCUAUGCAGUAUUAA